AUGACGGACUGCGGAUAUUUCUCACUGGAGCUCAAGCAGCUCGGGUUCUGUUCUUCACCCGUCUUCCUCCAAACCCUCGGACCUCGAUUCCCGAAUGAAAGGCGCACUUUACUUCGAUCGGAAAAGAGGACCGCCGGCCGACCGUCCGGUUCGUCUUCUCCUCGGCCCAGUGGAGACGUUUUCUACGUCGGCUCCGACUCAGAAGCGGCUCGACCCGAGGAACCCGACGGUUGUGGCCCAUCUCCCGGAUGCGAUUUGGACAAUUUCAAGAUGGUGACGUCAUUCCUCUCAGCCACGCCGCGCAGAUCUGGAGUCUCUCCGUGCGUGGGAGGAUCCGACACUAACUCGUCCGGUUGUGCGCACGCGUCCGGCGCCCGAGCUCAGCGCGGGAAAGACGCUCGUGUCGACGCCCCUCCGCCCGGUCUCUAUGGCGACCGCUCCGCGCUGCCCCCAAAUCCCGCUGCGAGCUCGUUGAACUGCAAGAAGACUUCCAAGGCUUUGGACUCACCGAUCGUUCGACUGACGAGUCAAAACGUCGAGAAGAAUUUUACUCAUCCGCUUAGUUGUUAUUGGUGCUUAUUGAUUAUCGAUGAUUUCGCGCACACCAACAACAGGCCUUUGUUGGCGUGCGUGUGCGUGCUGCUGGGUGCGGCGGAGGCCGCACGCGCGGCGUCGCUGACCGAACCCUUCGGAAGCUUCCAGUCGCCCGACUUCCCGGCGAGCUAUCCCGACGACACACGACGUCGCUGGGAAAUCCGCGUUCCCCACGGCUUCCGUGUGCGACUCCACUUCAGCCAUUUUGACCUGGAACCUUCCGACUCGUGCCAGUACGACUACGUCAGGGUGGAGGCCGGGGGCGGGGCUUCCCCUCUGGGCGUGUUCUGCGGCGGCGACGCUUUGGACCCGGAGAAGGUUCCGGGCCCGGCGCCGCUCGCUUCUCCCGGAAACGUUCUGAGCGUCGUCUUCUCCUCCGACUUCUCGAACCAGGAAAACUUCUCGGGCUUCCGAGCUCACUACAGCGCGGCAGACGUGGACGAGUGCACGGAGGGCGUGGACGGGCGGGACGCCUGCGACCACCUGUGCCACAACUACGUGGGCGGCUUCUACUGCUCCUGUCGCAAUGGUUACUUGCUGCACCGCGACAAGCGCACGUGCGCAGUGGAGUGCAGCGGCCUGGUGUUUUCCGAGCGCAUCGGUUCCGUGAGCAGCGUGAACUUCCCGUCGUCGUACCCCAAGAGUUCUGAGUGCUCGUACUUCAUUCGGGUGGCGCCAGGACUCAAACUCCGCCUCCACUUUGACCACACCUUUGAUGUGGAGGAUCACCCGGAAGUCACGUGCCCGUACGACUACGUCAAGAUCCGAGCGGCCACCGGAGAGUUUGGCCCGUUUUGCGGUCGCCAAUCACCCGGCGACAUCCAGACGGACACCAACACCGUCGCCAUCUUGUUUCACAGCGACGACACAGGAGAAAACAUCGGGUGGAGGAUCACAUACACCGCAGAGGGUUGGUUAGACACACACACACACACGCUGUAUGUCUCUCUCUCACUCUCUGCAGUUGUGUUGUUGUUUUUUGUUGUUGUUCCAGGUGUGGCUGGCAAAAACCCGUUUUGCCUAACGAUUGUUUUGAGACAAUCUUUGGGGAAUUUUAGAUUUCGAAGCGAAGAUGGACUUGAAACGCCUUCAACAAGCAACAAGAGUUCAGCUGACAAACUUCCAUUUUGCCGAUUCCUCUGUCGCUUUUAUUUUGCAGAGACAGUAAGUCAGUGUUCAUCUCCAGCGCCUGGAGCUAACGCCACGGUGACACCGCUACGGUCCGAGUACUCGUCCGGAGACCGGGUCCGCGUUUUGUGCUCGCCGGGCUUCGCGCUCAUCAAGGAUGGCGAGCGUGUGGACGGCGAGUUUGAGCUGCGCUGUCAGCAAGACGGCACCUGGAACGCCACACUUCCUGUCUGUCAAAGGGUGGAUUGCGGCUGUCCGGCGGUGGUGGGCGGAGCCGAAGUUGUGCUUGGCAACCAUGACAAUGGAACCCGAUUUGGCGCUGCCGCCCGCUACGUCUGCGAAGAGCGCCACCGACAAAUACACCCUGAACACGCGUGUGGCCGUCCGUCUCGUCCUCUGGCCGUCCAGGUGAAGCGCAUCGUCGGCGGUCGCGCGGCCGAGCCCGGAAACUUCCCCUGGCAGGUUCUUCUGAGCGUGGAGGACUUGAGCCGCGUUCCUGCGGAGCGCUGGUUCGGGUCGGGCGCCCUGCUGUCGGACACGUGGAUCCUGACCGCCGCCCACGUCCUGCGGUCCCGCCGCCGCGACGCCCGCGUGGUCCCCGUGGCCCCCGAACACGUUAAGGUGUUGGCGGGCGUGGUGGACGUGAGCGACAAGCAGGCGUCGGCGGGCCUGGCCGUGUCCCAGGUGCUCAUCCAUCCCGACUUCCGGCCCAGCGAUUUCGACAACGAUGUCGCCCUGGUGAAGCUGAGCGUCAGGGUGGAGCUGAACAACGCCGUCCGUCCCGUCUGCCUGCCGCCGCAGAGCGACGCCCCCACCCCUCAGCCCCACUCUCUGGGCGUGGUCGCCGGGUGGGGCGUGUCGCACCCCGACGUGACUUCCAACCUGCUGCAGUUUGUCCGCCUGCCGGUGGUACCGCAGGACGAGUGCCGUGCCAGCUACGCGGCCCGCGCGGGGGGCUACAACAUUAGCGACAACAUGUUCUGCGCUGGUUUCUAUGAGGGCGGGCGCGACACCUGCCUGGGCGACAGCGGGGGCGCCUUUGUGGCCCAGGACCCCGUCAGCCGGCAGUGGGCGGUGCUCGGCCUGGUGUCGUGGGCGGGGCCCGAGGAGUGCGGCAGUCUUCGGGUGUACGGCGUCUACACGCGUGUCAACAAAUACCUCAAAUGGAUACAGGAGCGCCUCCUGGUGGUCAUAUGACUACAUCACACACACAAAACACGUGUCUUACAAUUCUAGCACGACUAUAUUGUGUAAAUAUAGAUAACACUGUGGCUGACACGUUGCCGAAACAUAGCUAACAUAGCUGCUGGAAGUGCUAACUACAUGAAAGUCAUUGCAUGCAUUAUAAGUUUGAACGCAAAACUAUGCAAGUACAUGAGGAACUCUUCAUAUUUGUCAUUUUUUGAUGAUGUUGAAAAUGAACCUCAGCUCUUUUUAAGAUUUACUUCAGGUUAUCAUCUACAUGUGUUCAUAAUACCUGAUCAGAAUGAUUGUAUUUAAAGGCACAAAACGUUAAGUCACAGGUAUUUGGAACUGAAAAAUAUUAAAAUUAAAUCAAUUGAUGAAGGUCUAGAAAUUAUUUUCACACCCACUUCUACAUGAGCAUAAUAAUUCUCUCCAACCCCAAAUGUAUUUUUGCACUUUCAAAUUCAUCCUGCGGGUCAGCAUAAACCCCCAAAACCAGCCUGCGGGCCAUAUGUUUCACACCCCUGCUCUAGGGCCACUUCAGAAAGUCAAAUCUCUGGCCACCUUUCCUUAACCUUUGAGGAAAAGGUCAUGGGGUCAAGGUGAGAUGAAAUGAAGCUUACGUUCGGAGACAGCACGGCUUCAAAUUUGACUGCGACGGCAAGU